CAUAGCUUCCGCUUUAAAACCACUUAACCCGCUGUUGGUCAUGUGAGUUAGGCGGCUGCAGUCUGCUGUGUGCAGUUUGAUUAGAACCAGCGGGAUUUUACCAGGGUUUUAUCAGCAGCAUGAGGCUGGUGAUUCUGGACGACUAUGAACUGGCCAGUGAGUGGGCAGCUAAAUACAUCCGAAACAGGAUCGUCGAGUUCAAACCUUCUGCAGACAGAUACUUUACUUUGGGUUUACCCACAGGCAGCACUCCGUACGGCUGUUACCAGAAGUUAAUAGAGUUCCACAGAAGUGGAGACCUUUCCUUUAAGUAUGUGAAAACCUUCAACAUGGAUGAGUACGUAGGUCUGCCUCGUGCUCAUCCGGAGAGCUACCACUCCUACAUGUGGAACAACUUCUUCAAGCACAUCGACAUUGAUCCGGCCAACGCUCACAUCCUGGAUGGGAACGCAGAGGACCUAGAGGCUGAGUGCAACGCUUAUGAACAGAAGAUCGCUACAGCUGGAGGGAUUGAGCUCUUUGUUGGCGGAAUCGGCCCUGAUGGCCACAUCGCCUUCAACGAACCCGGCUCCAGCCUCGUUUCCAGGACCAGAGUUAAAACUCUGGCGAAGGACACCAUCGUGGCGAACGCUCGUUUCUUUGGCAACGACCUCUCCAAGGUUCCUACCAUGGCUCUGACGGUGGGAGUGGGAACCGUAAUGGACGCCAAGGAGGUGAUGAUUCUGAUCACAGGAGCUCACAAAGCGUUCGCUCUGUACAAGGCCAUUGAAGAGGGAGUGAACCACAUGUGGACGGUGUCGGCCUUCCAGCAGCAUCCGCACACCAUCUUUGUGUGCGACGAGGAUGCCACCCUGGAACUCCGUGUCAAAACUGUGAAAUACUUCAAAGGUUUAAUGCAUGUUCACAAUCAACUGGUGGAUCCAGUUCUCAGCAUGAAGGACCAGUGAAAUCAAGAUACGAUGUCGCUGGAUGAUUCAUACUGGUAGAGUUCCACAACCAAGGAGCUUCCAUUGUUACUGCCAAACAGCUACAGGUUGUUACUGAGAGCCAGCAGGUCAAGUGUGUUUGAAAUCCAAUUAUGAAACUAGUUUUGUUUUGUGCAUAGGAAUUGAGGAAUUGGAGAACUUUAAAAGCAAAACACUCCUUCUCUUUUGAGCUAUAAACUUGUAUGAAGAUGUUUCUUUAUAUUGUUCCAGCAUUCCUUUCAUGUUUUUUCUCCUUAAGUCACCUUCCCACUUGGGCUUUUUGCACACACUUGUACUGUAGUCACUUCUUAUUUUACAAUAGGAAAACAACAAAACAAGUUUGUUAAUUAGGAUUUUAUUCAUUUUUGUCUUUCAGAAAUGCAAAAUAAAAUGUGUCUAUUAAAUCAAGAAAUGU